GUGGCGGAUUACGGUGAUGAGGGGAACGUGAUGAACUAGAGCAUAUUUUCUUCGAACUUGAGCGCUCAACAGCAUCAGCACGGUGUCACGUGAAAAAUGACUGGUAGCGGUCGACAAGUGGAUUAUGUACCACAUGAUCCUUCGUUUACCUUUGAUAGAAUACGGUGAUAAUUUUGUCACGUUUCGGACGGUGAUCACGUUAAUGGUGCUUAUAAAACACGAUAAAUAAUCGAAAAUCACCAAAUCGCACUGCUCUUUGCGUUUGCUGAGGACCCGUCUCCAGUGCACCUGUAAACAACUACACUUGCAGACGUAAUGGAAGCGAAGGGUUCUCAGGAAUCGACUGGAGAAGCGCCUUCCGCAGAGGGCUUGUUGGUCAUCGGCGCUGGUUUUGCGCGAACCGGGACAAUGACUCUGAAGACAGCACUGCAGAUACUCUACGGCAAGCCCUGCUACCAUAUGAUUGAAAUAAUCUAUGCUCACCCUGAACACAUUCCCAUUUGUAUAAAAAUUUUCCACUCAAAGACAGCACUGCAGAUACUCUACGGCAAGCCCUGCUAUCAUAUGGUUGAAGUCAUCUAUGCCCACCCUGAACACAUUCCCAUUUGGAUAAAAAUUUUCAACUCAAUCAUGGAAAAUCCAAAUGAAAAAAUCCCACCGGAACUGUUCAAACGCAUUUUCCACGGGUAUCGAACAUCAACAGAUCAGCCGGGAAGCAGUGCCUACCGACAAAUCAUGGAAACGUAUCCUGAAGCCAAGGUUAUACUGACAGUCCGGAGUCCUCAGUCCUGGCUUCAAAGUGUUCGCGAGACCGUUUUCCCUCUCAAACCACUUUUUGGUAACGGUUUCUUCGAUCGACUGGCCGAACGUCUGAUCGUUGGUAAAGGCUUCAACGAAAUGGCUAACUUGUCGUUCCAAGUCAAACUCGGUGCUAAUGUGGACCGGACAAAUGAUGAACAAGUGCUCCGAGGUUUUGUGGAGCACAACGAAGAAGUAAAACGGGUAGUUCAAAAGGAUCGGCUUUUGGUGUUUGAUGUCAAAGAGGGCUGGGGACCUCUCUGUCGCUUCCUCAACCUACCCAUUCCACAACAGCCAUUUCCUCAUGUGAAUGAGAGAAAAGUAAUGAUUUCCAGAUUGCGAAAGCUUAAAUACGUGCCAGCUGUAUUGAAAUACACCACCUAUGUGCUCGGUGGUCUCCUGAUUGCUUCACUAUUUCAGUUUCUUUGUUCACACAAAAUUUUCUAAGUGAUUUCGACCUAGCUUUUAUCUUGGACGUAUGCAAAAACAGUCCUUUUGAAUCAUUUUACUACCGUUGAACUUUGAGUUGUGACCACACUUUUCUGGAAUGAUUCAUGCUACUCCAUCAUCUCGACCUGGUAAAGUUACUUCAGAGUCAG